CCCGGGGCGUGCGGCGGGCACUGCGGGGCGCGCGGCUAUGCCCUGGCUGCUGCCCCGCGGCUGCCCGGCCCAGGCGCUCCCCGCGCUGCUGCUGCUGCUGCUGCUCCGGCCGCCGGCGACGUGGGGCAUCACCUGUCCUACCCCCACGUCUGUGCAACAUGCAGACAUCCGUGUCAAGAGCUACAGUGUGAACUCCAGGGAGCGGUAUGUGUGUAUCUCAGGUUUCAAGCGCAGAGCCGGCACGUCCAGCCUGACCGAGUGCGUGUUGAACAAGACCACCAACACCGCCCAUUGGACGACUCCCAAUCUUGAGUGCAUCAGAGACCCCUCCCUGACUCACCAAAGGCCAGUGCCGUUCUCCACAGCAACAACGGCAAGGGUGACCCCACAGCCAGAGAGCCCCUCCCCUUCUGGAAAAGCUUCAUCUCCCAGGCCAGACACCACCGUGGCCACAGAGACAGCUAUGGCACCGCGCCGCCCCUCCAAUCCACCCUCCGCAGGACCCACAGCCCCGGGCAGGCGGGAGUCCGCCCAGGCCCCCUCUCGGACCACAGCCAGGACCUGGGAAGGCACGUCUUCCGCCUCCCUCCAGCCGCCAGGUGCUAAUCCCUUCAGCUCCAGAGAUGUCACCGUGACCAUCUCCUCCUCCGCCGUUGUGCUGUGUGUGCUGGGCGUGGCCCUGCUGGCCUGUUGCCUCAAAUCAAGGCAAACUUCCCGGCCGAACAAUGUUGAGAUGGAAACCAUGGAAGCUCAGCCGAUGACCAGCAACAGAGAGGAAGACACGGAAACCGGCCCACACCACCUCUGAAUCCCGGGCGAGACCAGCCCGGCCACACCUGCAGGGAAGAGCCACUCCGCUUUAGCUGCAGAGGACUGAGGAGACUCGCAGGGCGGUGGGCACAGGAGCAAGCCCACCAGGAUAACCAAACGCCCCUGGUGUGCUCCCACCAACUGUGCCUGGCCCGCAUGUCCCCAGGAUGAGCCAGAAGGUUCUCCAGCGUGGGGAUGGAUGCCACCCGCCCGCCUACCCACCUGCCCACCACAGGGGCCGGCUUCCCCAAGUCUGAGCAGCUGAAGCCCCCCCCCCCCCCCGCCCCGGGAGAGGCCGAAGGAUUCUGGGCAGGGCAUUUAUUUCACUGGAACACGUAUUCAGGACAGCUCAUUAGCUUGGCUGUGUGUUCCAGCCCUCAUCCCGACUUGCAGUUUACAGAGAAGAGUAAAAAACUUAGGCUCUCAGCUACGAGGCUCCUCCCGGCUUGGGAGGCGUCUACAGGGGAGACUCCAGCGUUCAAGCUCCCACGACACUGUGUGCUGCCCCAGUGUGCCCACGGGGGGCCCAGAGAGGAGGAAGCGACACUGGGCCUGGUGAAUCCUCUUGAUUGAAGGGUCAGAAAGCACAAAACAGAACUCACUGACACUUUUAUGUAUGUGCAAUUAUAUUUAUACUUGUCUGUUGUAUCUACAUAGUGUGUAUGAUUUGCAUUUUGAGAUUGUGCCUUGUAAAAAUAAAAUAUCUAUUUUCAA